AUGCUGAAGUACACAAUUUAUAUCAAUUAUAUCACAAAGAUAAGUCUGGAACUUCUAACGGAUUACGAUAUGCUGCUGAUGUUUGAAAGAGGUAAAAACUUGUAUAUUUUACAUAACAAUUAUAAUAUUAAUCAAAAAAUUAUUUUUGUUUUUUAAGGAUACGCGGUGGAUUGGUGCAGGCGAGUAAACGAUACGAGAAGGCAAACAAUUAUCCUGUGGAAGAUUAAGACAAGACAAAAGAAAAUUCAUGGAUUAUAUACCAGGAUUGUAAGUAUACAUAUUAUUUAAAACAAAUAUAUAUCAGUCACAUAAUUUUUUACUGUUUGUUUUAGGUAACAAUUUGUACGGGUGAGGAAUGUCGCAGUACAUGCCCCACGGCGGCUUCAAGUGGAUGGAGCCUACAUUAAAUGGUUUAGAGGACUUAGACGAUACUUCGCCUAUUGGACGGGUAUACGAAGUGGACAUAGAGUAUCCAGAAAAUGUACACGAGGACCACAAUGACCUUUCUUUCUUUCCAAAUAACGAAGUUCCACCUGGUUCCAAGAUGAAGAAACUGAUGGCGACGUUGAAGGAGAAAAAUAAUUGCAUUAUACACUACAGAAAUUUGAAGCAGGCGACAGCGAACAGACUAAUUGUAAAAAAAGGUAAACAUUUUUAUUUUUUCACUUUAUUUAUUUUUUUUUUUUUUUUUUGUAUCAUUUAUGUUACAGGUACAAAGAUUUAUGCAGUUAAAUCAGUCACCGUGGUUGAAAAAAGAUAUUUCGUUUUUGAAAUAUGUGAGCAACACCUUCUCCGUCCGGUUUAUUGAUAUGUUCCGAUACAUGCCGGUUCAUGACGUCGAGUCUCGAGUCUCUUGCAUCGGACUUAAUCACCACGAAAUACGAAAAGUCCCAUGAAACACGGAAAAAAUUUAACAACGAAGAUAUACCAUUAGUGACGAGGAAGAUUAUGUACCCAUGCGAGUACACGGACAGUUGGGGAAAAUUGGAAGAAGAUACAUUGCCGGAGACAGAAGACUUCUACAGUACGCUGAAAGAAGAGAAUGUCGAGGACGAUGAAUACGGAAAGUUUGGGACCAUUUUUGAUGCAGGACAGGACGUUGGGAUAGUACAGCGACUUGUAUUUGAAGAUUGA